ACAUGCUUUUCUGUUUCAGCCCGCAAUGUGGUGGAGGCAAUGUCAACCAGGCUGUGGGCUCGUAUUCCUUGUCCUGACUUUACUUUCAGCAGACGACACAGAGUCAGCAGAUUGUAACAGGGUCUUCCAGAGUACAGCAGAUGGGCCCAAAAAUGGCACCUUCACCUCUCCCAACUGGCCAGAAAGCUACCAAAACAACUUGUGCUGCAUCUAUAAGUUUAUCGGCAUUGGACAGGAACGAGUCCAGCUGACAUUUGAUCAAUUUGAUAUCCAGGGCAUCCCACCAAAAUGUCAACAUGACUAUGUAGAUCUGUUUAUCAGAGCAGAGCAUCCAGACGUUAAUCUUCUAGACACACCAUUCCUGGGACGCUACUGUGGGUCUUCUGCCCAGGUGUUGCCUGGCAACUUGGUAUCCAUGGGACAGAUCUUCAUCCUCAUGCUCAAUACAGAUGCAGCCAAGGCAGGCAAGGGGUUCCUUGGAACAUAUCAUUUUCUUAAUUCAUCUCUUUAUGACAUGGGCACUCCAGCUCCACAACCAGUGUGUGGCUAUAAUAUAGAUGGGUUGAACAGACCUAAGGGUAUUAUAGCUGCCCCCACGUACCCAGGUAUCUACCCUGAUCACCUCUUCUGCUUUUACAAACUCCAGGGAGUUCAGGGACAGAGGAUUCGCCUGCACUUCUUAGACUUUGAUGUGUAUGAGGGUGGACUUCACUGUCCCAUAGACCAUGUGAAGGUCUAUGAUGGUUACACGAACCAGGACCUUUUGAUUGGUACUUUUUGUGGCAGUGUCAUGAAAGACCGGGUCCUCUACUCCACAGGACCGGCACUACACAUCGAGUUUGUCACCAGAAGUGGGCGUGUCCCUCCCACCGACUCCUCCUACCUGCCAUACUGGGAACUGGAGGAGUCGUCCCGGUUUCAACAGAAAGGCUUCAAGGCUGAAUAUGAGUUUAGCGAUAAAUUUGUUAAUCUAGAUUUCAUUAAACCUCCUGCAAUGCACUACCCAGGCACAGAAUGUGACCAGGUCAUCAGGAGCUCGGGACAAAGCAAUGGCACUGUGACAUCUCCAUACUUCCCCAAGUCUUACCCCAUCAAUGUCACCUGCUACUUCUACAUUGAUGGCCUUGAGGAUGACAAAGAUCUUGAAAAAGUGCGCCUGACAUUUAACAAUUUCUACAUUCCAUCUAGGUCCACAGAGAGAUGCACCGAUGGUUUCCUUGCUGUAUACCUGCAAGGCAGACUGCCAGUGGAUGGAAGAACAGACGAUGCUGAUGCAAUCUACUGUGGUAGGGUACCAGACUCCCCAAUCGUUUCUUCACACCCAAGAAUGUUCCUGGUAUUUGACUCUCACCAUGCAGGCAUUGCAGGCAGUGGCUUCAAGGCAACUUAUGAAUUCCUCACAGACUAUGCUGUGCCUGGUACGCCAAUGUCAGAGGAAGGCUGUAGAUUCCAAUAUAACACACAUUCACAGAAAUCUGGAACAUUCACGUCGCCUCGUUAUCCCAGGAAAUACCCUCCAAACAUGCAGUGCAUCUAUAUAUUCCGAGGACUAAGAAAUGAACAAAUAAGGAUCUCAUUUGACAAGUUUUUAUUAAAGGCAAGCGACGGAGUAUCAAACACUGAAUGCCCAGAGGAUAAAGUGAUUAUCUAUGAAAUUACCUAUGACCGUGACACGGGGAAUGAGACCCUAACUAACAUUGGAGUAUAUUGUAAAGCUAUCAUACCAGGCCCUAUUCUGUCACCCAGAGGAAUAAACAACAUGAUGGUAGAAUUCCAGUCAGAUUUUGAAGGUGUUGCUGGGGGGUUUCAAGGAAAAUAUGAAUUCUUGGAACUCACGGACCCAACCUGUGGUGGCAACCUAACCUCAGAUGAACAUGGCGGGGGUGUCAUCACAAGUCCUAACUAUCCUGCCAACUACAAGAAGGACACAGGAUGUAUAUGGCAUAUUCAGCUCAGAGAUCCUCAGAGCAAAGUUCUCCUACAUCUACAAAAGUUUGCCAUGGAAGGCAGCCCAUCUGCCGGGUGUUCAGCAGCUGUUCUCAGAAUAUACAAAGGUGGUGGCAGUCAACCCGAGGAACUGUGCGGUACAGAUCUCAAGCCAGAGACCAAGAUGAUUAUAUCAGCUCAAAACAAUAUUACUUUAAAAUUUACUACUUCAAGCAGUGCUAUUGGAAAUGGUGGAUUCUUCAUAGCAUGGGCAGAGAUUAUACCUGAAGUCUAUCUUGGGUAUUGCAGUGGUUUCAAGUGUCAUGCUAACCAGUAUUGCAUCCCCAGGAAUUUGGUGUGUGACAAGGUGACACAUUGUGGAGAAGGGGACACCUCAGAUGAAGGGAUAUCAUGUGAUGCCCGUAGACUUAUUUCAUUUCUCUCUUGGUUUUUGUUCUGGAUUCCAUUUGUUCACACAGUAUUUAGAACUGUAGGUGCAGUUAGUUGAAGUUUCCCACUGUCUGCACUUGUAGAACAAAAAAGUCCUUCUACCAAGAAGAUGAAUGUUGUUCAUGUGAUCCUUGGGUUGAUCUUAACUGCGGUGCUGUUGCUUUUGAUUGGUGUCUGUGUGUUUAGACGACGCAGGAAGAAAUCACGUGACAAAAAACAGGACUUGGAGCAAGAAGUUCAUUUUAUUCGAGGCAGCACGGUAGAUGAUGAAAAUCUCUUUACACAGCCAAAUCAUUCGCAAGAUACCAAUCCUAAAGUUUCCACAGUGUGACAGUUGAACUUGAAGUAGCCUGACAUAAAAAUUAUAAGAGCAUAAUGCAAAUGAUCCUCUGUGGUGACGUAUGAGUAUUGUCUGGCACAAUAUGUUGUUUGCAUGGAGAUGCAGGAAAGAGCAAGAACACACAUGCCUUGCUCGAGUUGUUGGAUUGGUAUAAAUUGUCUAUGCAGGUCUGACUUUACUGGGAAAGUUGCAGACAGAACUGUGAACAAUUAUUUCUUGGAGAAGGUUCUAAUAUUGAGAUUGUGAACCAUUUCUCACUGUAUAUAGAUCAGUCUUAUGAUUAUUGGUGCAUCUCGUUGGAUUGGCUUAAAGUCAUGAAUUAAGUGUACGAAUGGUGAGAUGACAUUGUUUUUUUACAUCUCUGGGUGUGAAGGUAAUGCAUUUAUUUCCAAUCAAACGUAAAAGACAACUUCGAUGAGUAGGAGGGAUAUUUUUGUAAACAUGUUCUUACAGAGCCUAUGACCACAGUGCCCUGGAUAGUUUUUGAUUAUUAUUUAUAUUGUACUAAGUCUUUCUUGCAGCAAGCCCAUAGACAGGGAGUUUGGAGAACUGCCUGGAUCAAAAUUUGAUCUAGAUUCUGUUACAGCUGUGGUAAAAAGGUCCACUAUUAAAAAAAAAAAUCCACACCUUUGCAGUUGCUGGCUAUAUAGGCUUGUGGUACAAAUGUAUAAUUAUACAACUUAAAAUUCAGACUUCACUAUUGUCAUAUUCCAACUAUAUUCCUUACCUUCAGGUCAAAAUUCCUUCAAGAUGCUCAUCAGUUUAUGUAACCCAUUUGGAAGAAGUUGCAUCAUUCACAGAAAAAUCAAACCCAAGUCUGUUAAUUCCUCUUUUCAAUGAAUUCAGAUAAUUAUUUUUGAUCGGAAAAGACCCAUUGUCUUUAUAACUGAAUCUUGUCAUCUAAUGACUCUCUUUCAGACAGUUUCCUGGCAUUCAAGACUGUGUGAUUCUAAUUAAUAGCUACAUGUAUUUUCUCUGAAUAUCUUACUCAGGCUUUGGAAGUUCUAGGAUUAAAAUAUAAACUCAAGUGCUACUAUUUUUCUACAAGCUGUCAUUAUUAUUAUACACAUUUAACCAUGGUCUAUAGAUAUGUAUGGUCUUUUCAAGCUGUAGGUAUUUGUAUUAAAAGGAUAACAACUGUUCAUUUUGGCCAAAAAGUUAAUUUUCCUGGGGUAAAGGACAAUUUUCC